AUGGGCCCUGGGAGAGUGGCGGUGGCGGACUCGUCCGUGGAAGAAUGCUCCGACCACCGCGUCUCUCGUGGAAGGGGCAAAAGCCGUCCCCGCAAGGUCUUGCGCCGAGUGGCCUCGCAGGCGGUGACCAGGACCAACCCGCCGCUGGGCAUCAUCUUCACCACGCUCCUGUACUGCGGGGAGCUGGCCUCGGCCUGCGUGGUCAGCGUCUCCUACAGCCGCUCCAAUGACCAGUUCUGGAUGGUCCUGACUCUGCUCCUGAUGCUCGCCUCCUCCGUCAUGGUCCAGCUGACCCUCAUCUUCGUCAACCGGGACUUGACCAGCGACAAGCCCUUCAUCCUCUUCAUGCACCUGCUGCUGCUGGGCCCGCUCAUCAGGUGUUUGGAGUCCAUCGUGAUGUUCUACCGCCAGGGCCGGGAGGAAGAGCCUUACGUCACCAUCACCCGCAAGAAGCAUCUUCACAGCGACUGUGAGAUUGAGAUUGAGCAGGAAGUGGGACACCUGGUGCGCCGGCUGGUCACUCACCGCAAUGCUUUCAAGCGCAUGGCGGUCAUUCAGGCCUUCCUAGGCUCCACCCCACAACUCACGCUGCAGCUUUAUGUCACUUUAAUGGAGCAAUACGCCCCGCCCAGCAGAGCUGUCCUGAUGAGCAUGUGCUUACUCUCGGUCACUUACGGGGCGUUGGUCUGCAACACCUUGGCCAUCCAGAUCAAGUACGAUGACUACAAGAUCCACCUCCGCCCGCUGGCCUUCAUCUGUAUCCUCUUGUGGAGGGGUUUGGAGAUCUCAACCCGCAUCACCAUCUUGGUUCUCUUUGGGACCGUCUUCAAACAUUACGGCUUGGCGGUGGGCGCGGCCAACUUUUUGGUGUUCUUCUUCUUACCGUGGAUUGAGUUUUGGAGGAGCGGGGCCAAAUUACCCGAGAACGUGGAAAAGAACUUCAGCCGAGUGGGAACUUUGACUGUCCUGGUCUGUAUCACUUUGCUGUACGGUGGCAUCAAUGUCUUCUGUUGGUCGGCUGUCCAGCUCAGGUUGUCCAGGCGAGACUUGAUAGUCAGGUCCCAAAACUGGGGCUGUUUAGCUUUAUUCUACUUGUUCCGGGGACUAGAGAACAGUCUGCUGCUCCUGGUCUGGUACUUCUUCGACGCGGAGAUCUACGAGUACCUCUGCACUCCCAUGUUGGUGCUGCAGCUGCUUGUGGCGUACUGCUUGGCCAUUGUCUUCAUGCUCUUUUUCAUGCAGUACUUGCAUCCCUGUCGCCGCCUCUUCACACACAACGUCACUGACUUCUUGCAUUGUGUCUGUUGUCAGAAGGAAGAAGUUGCCAUCUCUGCUGAUUUGGAAGCACCUCAUGAACCUGGUGUGAGGCAUAGCAUAGUAUGACAAUCCACACGCUGCUGACGGGAUGGUUAUGAAUCCCGUCCUGUUACGUUUCCGCAGUGGUACCUGUUUACCCCACCGGGAUAAGCCUUAAUUUCAUGGUGCUAUGCUAUAAUUUAUAAGCAAGGAUGCAGCUGAUCGUGGUGGUGAGGCCUUCUAGAGCAUCCGCUGGACUUUAUGAUGGUGGGCUGUAAGGAUACCCUUUACUGUUGUGGGUGUGGGACUAGGACAAUCAGUAUUAGGGACAGCAGAAGAAGACUUGUCACAUAGUAUGGAAGAGGAACUCUAGUUGAUGGGGCAAACCAUCAACGAAGGAUAGUCUUGCUCUUCUAGGUGCUGACAGUUUGGCACCAGGACUCCCCUGGCUGUACUCAUUUUCAGAAAUGGACCUGAAGGAGCCUCAGUUGGCUCAAAGGGAGAACUGUUGCAAGAAGAGGCUUUGAAGAAGAGUGGCCAAUGGAGACUGUCUUAUAUCUGUGUAAUACUGCGAAGUUGGGCAAAGCUUCAGAGUCACUUUCCCAGCCUUUGCUUUUAUUUAUUUGAAAACUUGCGAAGACUUUAUUGUUGUAAUUUGAAGUGCUGGAAAAGAUGUUGCCAUUUAUAGCAACUUGGUCUCAGAAUUUGUUUGGGUUUCUACGGUUCCAUUCGUGGCCAGGUGAUCCAUGCUCAGGCUGAAAGCUCAGGAUGAUGACUCUCUAAGGAGCCCCAUUGGUGGAGGAUGAGCUUUGGAUUUCUUGCGUCCAGAUCUUCAGGGAUGUUGCAGCAGAUUGGCCUUCCCAAUUGCCCUGGAAGGACAAAGCUAGAGGCUGACUGCUACAUUGGUGGCAUCCUUCAAGGGCUGAGAUUGAACUUGUUGAGCUUGUGAUGGGAAGCUGGACCAUUCCACAUCCAGGUUGUGGUUCUAGAAGGUGAUCAGCUCGUUGUAGUUUGGGCUGUCACUUGGGGAGAUUGGAGGUUGAAGAUUGGAUGAUGGAUUGGUUCCUGUUAUUUAUGAAAAAAAAACCAAAACUCUUCCCUACAUAGAGAAAACUAGCAUAUUUUAGGAAAGAGUUCCCUAUACAAUUAUCCUAGUCCAACAUGUCUCAACCCUCCACCUUCCAAGUACACCAAAUUACCACCUUUAGAAUUUGCAGCCAAAUUUAGGAUUUAAAUCCGAUUGUUCUGCUGUAGCCAAGACGUUGUUCUGAAGAGAUCACAAAUAUACUAUUCCUAAUUAAAAUAUCUAUUUUUAAAUGCACGAACCUUCUGUUUUUUGAUAUUCAGGUAAGAGUUAGGAUGUUUAUUUAGGCAUAAGGUACCAUUUAUAGAAAAGGCAAUGAAUCGGAAGUGUUUGGAAAUCUUAAUGUUUACAGAUGUAUCUCCCUCUGCAAAAAAACAAAACCUUCAUUAAAAAGGAGGACCUCUUAUUAAACUAGCCAAGGAAGAUUAAUCAUAAUCCGUGGCCGUGAAAAACGUACUGUUGAAAUAAAGUACUUUCCAGCUAAAUGUGUGUGAGCAUUCCACCUUCUUUGUACCCUAUACGCCACUCAGUGCAAUUGUGUACUACCAUCUCAUACUAUGUUCUCGUAAUUUAUAAAAGAACUUAGGAGAACUUUUUUUAGCUUGAUGGAACAUACAGUCUUGCAAUACAGUUGGGACAGUAAAAGAUACAAGUAAUCAGGUCCAUCUGUUGACAUGAAAUAUUUUAAACUUCUUAGGUCAUGCUUUUAAAUAUAGACUCUCAGCUCAGGAUGAACUUUGGAUAGAAUCCGAUUAUAUCCUGGAAAGAAGCUUAGUAACAGACAAACACCUUCCACUGGGUGGCAGAAUCGGUAAUACGAUGUGAUAUUAAGGAAGGUCAACUGUGAAGCAGAACAGAAAAAAGGGAUAUCCUGAAUUCAAAUCCGAAACUUGCAUUUUAAAUCUAUAGCGUGUUGGGUAGACGUGAGUUUGCCUUUGCGAUGUUGUGUAUUGUCUAUCAAGUGCUGUAAUUCUGAUUACUGAAUGCUGUCGGGUGCCAAAUAUUAUUCCAUGCCAUCUAUAACAGAGUCAGAUAUUGCAAACUAUAGUACUGCAUGCGUUGUCACCUUUUGUAAACCGUGAAAUACAAUUAUGUAUCAACUUUCGAAAUACCUAUGAAAUAUCAAGUACUCUAGUGAAAUAAACCUUUAAUAAAAUGUGAAAUACAGAUUUAAAACAUUCUGGAGAAAAAAAAAACCCUUUCAUUGAUUGGAUUAAAUUAUGUUUCAGCUCUAAUGCAGGUACACUUUUAAGCUUUGAUGUAGCUGUGGAGAAGCUAAAUCUCUACUGGGCAUCAACAGAGCAU